AUGACGGAUGGGCUCAAAGCGACUUGCAUCACGCACCUCCGAUUCGCACGGGCGGCCACGUGCGGUGCGAAAGAAGUUCAACAUGCGUGCAUCACAUCUCAUCGCACACAUUCCAAGAUCGUCUUUUUCGAGGAGCGAGGCUUCCAGGGCCGCCGCUAUGAAUGCAUCCAGGACUGCCCCAACAUGAGCACGCACAUGACGAGAUGCAACUCGAUCCGAGUGGAGGGAGGCGCCUGGGUGCUGUUCGAGCGACCGGACUACAAUGGUAGCAUGUACAUCUUGGAGCAGGGCGAAUAUUCCGACUCCCAGCGCAUGGUGGGCAACUGUGAGCGGAUCGGAUCCUGCAGGGCAAUCCGUGGCUACAACAGCGCUCGCAACCGGAUGAAGCUCUACCAGCAGGAUGACUUUGGAGGCCAGGAGAUGGAGCUCACCGACGAUUGCUCGAACCUGCCGGACCGCUACCGCCAGCGCGAAGUGCGCUCCAUUCGCAUUUUGGACGGCGCUUGGGUGGCCUACGAGGAGCCCAACUACCGCGGGCGCCAGUACCUGCUCGAGCAGGGCGAGUACCGUAGGUGCAGCGACUGGGGCGCCUCCAGCAGGUCUCUCCGCGGCAUCAAGAAAUACUGA